AUGAAAAAAGCAAUAACUCACAAACUAGAAUGUCAAAAUACAUUUGGGGAAGGUUGCACAUUGUGUAAUUAUAACGAUGGAUGUCAACAAUGUCAAGAUGGGUAUCAAAUAGUAAAUCGUAACACACAAAAGUGUUCCGAUUUUUCGGAAGGGUGUUUACUGUGUUCAGACAACAAAUGCAGUUCUUGUGCAACAAAGUACUUUUUGUCUUCUUCGUCAUUAAAAUGUGAAAAGUGCUCUGUUCAUAUACCAAACUGUGAAACGUGUAUUGAGGACCAAUGCAUUACAUGUAUUGGGAAUACAAGGACUCUACUUGACAACACUUGUGUACAUUGUAACGAACGAUGGGAAGGCUGUGUCAAUUGUGACAACUUCAAAUGCACAAAGUGUGAAGAUACAAAAUACUACUUUUUAAAUGGGAUGUGUGAGCGUUUGUUAUUUUAUCGAUUUAAUUCAAAAGAAGACGAAGUGACUCAUUUAAAGGGUGUGCUAAAGGACGCCUCAAAGUGUCUUGACUGUUCAACACGGAAAUGCAAAGAAUGUACAAAGGAGAGGUGUUCAAGUUGUUUAGAAAAUUCAUUUUUAUCAUCAGACCACAAAUGUGUUUCAUGUCAAGAGAAGAUUGGGAACUGUCUUCGUUGUGCUGAUGAAAAUGCUGUUACAAAGUGUUUAUUAUGUGCCAAAGGGUAUUAUGCAAAUGGCUCUUCGUGUGUUAAGUGUGAUGACACGUGUGGUAGUGAGGGGUGUUAUCAAGGCAAAUGCAUCAGUUGUAAAGACCAUUUGAUAUUCGACAAUUCUGGAAAUUGUGUGACAACACCUUCGACUUGUAAAUCUUCACAAAGUGGAUAUUGCACGUCUUGUAUUUCAGGAUAUUAUUUGUAUGGUGCGGAGUGUAUAACAAAUGAACAAAGCAUUCCAUGUAAGGACAUUCAGAUCAAAGAAGACGUCUGCGUCAGUGCAAAGGACAUUAACUGCCUCAAAGCAGUUUCAAAUAAAUGUGAGACAUGUAACACGACUGUAUAUAAAGAUGGGGGAAUAUGUAAGACAUGUCCAAUGUACAUUUCAAACUGUCAAAGUUGCACAACUUCAUCUUCUGGUGAUCCAAUAUGUGGUGCGUGUCGUAUGGGAUACUUCCCAGAGAAAAUGUGUCGAAAAUGCAGUACCAUAGAUGGGUGUCAAAAUUGUAUCAACGUGUUACUUGCUGGUGAAAGUGCUCGUAUAUGCACUGAAUGCAAAGAUGGGUAUUUCCUUGAUUCUGAUUAUUGCAUCAAAAUUCCAAAUUGUGUUUCAAGUAAGGAAAAGAAUUGUUUGAAGUGUGAAAUUGAUUACUUUGUAUUAAAUGGCAUCUGUAUCAACAAAGAUAAGCAAAUUGGGUGUUUGACAACUGAUGGAAUUCAUUGCACUUCAUGCUCUUCGGGAUUUUAUUUGUCUGAAGCAACAAAAAUAUGUACCUUAUGUCUUGUUACCAAUUGUACAACGUGUAGUACAACCGGAGUCUGCAUAGAGUGUUACACCAACAACACGUUGUCAUCAGGGGGUUGUAGGAAUUGUGAUAUAGAAGGGUGUUAUUUGUGUAACAACAAAGAUGUGACUUGUCUCCAAUGCGAUAAAACACAUUUCAUAGAUGUUACAAAUAAAUCAAUUUGUAAAAUAUGUUCCACAAAAACCGACCAUUGCUUAGAAUGUGAAGAAAAAUGUACUUUGUGUUCAGAAGGGUACUUUUUGGAUACAGAAACACAUGAUUGUCGACCAUGUUCUUCUAUAGAAGGGUGUUUACAAUGUCGAGGAGAUUUAGAGGAGUGUUUUACAUGUAAUUCAAUGUAUUUUUUGGAUAAUGGAAAGUGCUUUAGGUGCAACAGUGCCAUUCCACGAUGUAACACAUGCAACGACGAGAGUAAAUGCAUUGAAUGUGAAAACGGAUAUUACUUGGAUAACAAUAAAUGUUUCAGUUGUGAUACAAUUGAAGGGUGUGGGGAGUGUAGCAACUCUGAGAAAGAGUGUUGGAAGUGUCAAAAUUACUACUACAGUGUGGUCAAUACAUCUGGUUUGUUUUGUGUUGAAUGUCACAAAAAAAAUCCAAAUUGUGCGUAUUGUAGAACUGAUGGACAUUGUGCUGAGUGUGAUAGUGAGUAUACAUUCAAUAAACAAUAUGAAUGUGUUGAUUGUAAAAAGCAUUUUAAGCAUUGUGAGAUAUGCGAUCACUCGGUUUACAGAUGCUCUAUUUGUAAAAAUGGAUAUGGUUUCAAUUCGGGUGAUGUGUGCAGACCUUGUAUUGAAAUAACUCAGGGAAGGUGUACAAUUUGUGAAAGCCAAUUUAAAUGUACAACUUGUUCUGAAAACCACUAUUUAAAAGAAGGUAAGUGUAUUCCUUGUUCUCAGAAUCAUUGUGAAAAAUGUGAUGCAAGUGGGUAUUGUUUUAUGUGUGAAAAAGAUAACUACUUAGAAAACGGAAAAUGCCAUCCUAAUGAUAUUGACAAUUGCAAUAAAGUGUCUACGGUGAAGAAAGAAUGUUUAGAAUGUGAAGUCGGGUAUUAUCCUAAAGAUGGGAGCUGCUCCAUAUGUUCAACUUUUGGUAAUAAAUGUGAAGAGUGUAACACACAACAAUGCACCAAAUGUAAAAGUGGCAAUUACCUCAACUCAAAUGGAGACUGUUUUGAAUGUAAGAUGUUGGGGAACUGCACGGAAUGUGAACAAACAUCUUCAAAAUGCACAAAGUGUAGUGAAGGGACUUUGAAAGAUGGAAUUUGUAACGGAUGUCAUUUGGCUGAUUGUAUUUAUUGUAACAUGACCAAAGAAAGUGGUUCAAGUCAAGCAGACACAUGUUUGCUUUGUGGGUUAGGUUAUCAUCUUAAUGGAAAAGAUCAAUGUGAAAAGAAUUCUGUAAAGGGGUGUCUUGUAUAUGAAGUGAACAAAAAUAAAUGUACCAAAUGUCAAGAAGGAUAUUACAAUGAGAGUGAUAAUUGCCAAAAGUGUUCUUCAUCUCUUGAACAUUGUUCCACUUGUUCUGAUAAAACGAAAUGUCUCAGUUGUACGAGUGGAUACUCAUUAAUCAACAACCAAUGUCAAAAAUGUUCACAACCAAAUUGUAAAACGUGUUCAACAACAUCCAAUACAUGUGACGAAUGUACAGACUCGACUUAUUAUCUUACAAAAGAAGGGAAAUGUGCCAAGUGUGAUACAAAUGGAAACGGCACUGACUGUCUCGAAUGUUUAACAUCAAGUGAUGUCUUCAAAUGUAUCAAGUGCAAUCUUGGGUCAUAUGUCAAAGAUGGUGUAUGUGUUAAUCUGAACAAAAAUGAAUAUAAAUCUUCUGAAACAAGUGCAAGACUAUGCAGUCGUCAAAUAGCAAAUUGUCACAGCUGUAAUUACACAUCAACGACUUCACACUUUGAUGUCACAAAAUUACAGUGCAAAUCAUGUGUAACAGGUACCGGAUAUCGUCAUGGUUCGUCUACAAAAACGUGUGAAUUCUGCCCGAAUGAAGUUGAUGAUGAUUCAAAUUGCAUUGCAUGUGGCACGGGUUGUUCGUCGUGUUUUCUGUCCCCAGAAAACACUCCUUUAUGUGUGAAAUGUUCCAAAGGUUUUGCUCUUCGAAACAACACCUGUGUUGCACUCCAAAAUAUGGACUUUUGUUUAGACCAGAAACCCGAUGUUGGUUGUGAGUCAUGCACAAAUUACCUCACAAAAGGAACAAAUUGUUCUUCUUUGCAACGAACCAACAAAUGUUCAUUUUAUAAUGAAAAAAAUGAAUGCCAACCUUAUCAUCAAGUCCCUGAAAUAUUACCUCCAAAGCCAAUUACAAGGUCUGCAAAAGCUGAAAAAAACAAUUGUAAAACAAACGAAUUUAAAAAGGGGAAAUGUUAUGCUUGUGCCAAAGGAUUUUCACUUGACACAUCAAAUCCACCGACAUGUUCAAAUUGUAAUUGUGUUGAGUGUAACAUACUUAAUCAGUGUAAAGUGUGUUUAAACGAAACAAAUGAUUAUAAUGGUACAUGCGAAGAUGACUCACAAUGCGACAAGAAAGUCAACAACACGUGCUUGAAGUGCAAACAAAAACAUUACUUAACAAAAGGAAAAUGCUCAGGAUGUUCUGAUAAUUGUUUACUGUGUUCAACCAACCAGGUUUGCACUUUAUGUGCCACGGAAUACGUUUUAGUCAACAACAAGUGUCUUUCACAGUCCGAUGCCAAAUGUCUUACUAAAAAUACAAAGACGAAUCGGUGCGAAUUGUGUGAUGAUGGAUUUUAUAUGGGAAACACCAACGAGUGUGUAGCAACAACCACAAAAGAUUGUCAACAUGAAAUUAGUGGGAAGUGCAAAUUAUGUCAACCUUCAUUGUUGCUUGGAAUGUCUGAUGGGGCCUUUGUUUGUACCAAGGAUGCCAAAAUAGAACAUUGUGAUGUGAUGUAUCGGUCUGGGUGUAUUUCUUGUGAAAAUGGGUUUUACAUAAACUCACAAAAAUGUGAAAAGUGUGAUGGCAAUUGUGCGAAGUGUGUGAACGCUUCUAAGCAGUGUAUUUCCUGUUACUAUGGGUCUUUCCUCAAUUCGAAAAAUAACACGUGCACUCCAAUUGGUAAAUUAAAAGAUGUGUGCAGAACAUUUUUCCCGACUGGUGGGUGUGCCGUGUGUCAAACGGGGUAUUUGUGGCAAGAGAAGUCGUGUUAUAUAUGUGAUGUUAAGUGUAGUUCAUGUUCUCGAACCACUUCGACUUGUUUGUCAUGUAAUUACGAAAAGGGGUAUUAUCAAAAAGACUCUCCGAGUGGUAUAGAGUGCAUUCAUAACUCAACUUUAAAGAAUUGUGAGGCUGGUGACAGAUUGGGGUGCACGAAAUGUGUUGAUGGAUAUUAUUUAGACUCCUUCAGAGACUGCAUUCAAUGCACUUCACCGUGUGCGUCGUGUACUUCACAAAAUAAUUGCAUUUCAUGUGUACCUGAUCACGUCUUAGUAUCGAUACAUCAGUGUGUGUUAUACACAACAAUUCCACGUUGCCUUACAGUGGAAAAUAACAAGUGUACUUCGUGUGAAGGAUACAAUUAUAGAGUGUCAAAUAAAGGAACGGAGUGCCUUCAAUACACCAAUUUAGGGUUAGCGCUUGGUCUACCGAUAUCAUUAGUUUUCAUAUUGAUUAUUAUGAUCAUGUUUGGGCUCUUUGUCAUUAUUUUCUUCAUCAGGAAGCAUCAAUACAAGAAGAUGAAGGAGCGUACGGUGUGUGAAUUUGAUAUCAGUCAUUCAAAUGUGAAUUUUGUGUUGUUAAAUAGUGAGUGUGGCUUGAUUGCCAACAAGCGCGAAUUAAACUUCUUAGUUGAUCGUGUUGAGUCUGUUAUACCCGUUGAAAUUGAGUCUCGUGAUUUGCUCUGUGUAGGAAACAAGUCUUCCAAGUCGUUAAAGAUACAAUUAUCGACGAAGAACGCAACAGACAAAUAUGAAAUUCGAACAAAUCCGCAACUCAUAACUCUGAAGAAAGGGAAGGCCGUUGAAUUUGAAGUGUUUAUUCGCCCAUUGUGUACAUGUUCUUUACACGAGAGAAUAGCGUUGGUUGUAUUGGACCUUCAAAAAGGGAAGCAGUUCGACGUGUUGAUCAGUUUGAAGGUGAAAACAACAAUAACGACUCGUCUUGACUAUGACGAGUUAAAAGAGAAGAACAAAAUUGGGGAAGGUUCAUUUGGAAUCGUCUAUAAAGGGACAUUCAGAGACAAAGAAGUUGCAAUUAAGAAGAUGAAAGUUGGAUGUGCCACAACAAAAGAAUUGGAAGAGUUCUUUAAGGAAGUCUCGAUGUUAGACAAAUUCCGAAGUGACUAUUUAGUUCACUUCUAUGGAGCUGUGAUGAUACCAAAUAAAAUAUGUAUGGUCAACGAAUAUUGUCAACACGGGAGUAUUAAAGACUUGAUGAAGAGAUAUCCCACAAAGAUUCUGAGUUACUCGAUGACUCUGAAAUUCUUGUUGGAUGGCGCAAAAGGGAUUUUGUAUUUACACGAAAAUGGCAUCUUACACAGAGACAUCAAACCAGACAAUUUCUUGGUCACUUCAAUUCAUGAAGACGUCCUCGUUAAUGCAAAGCUGACUGAUUUCGGGUCGUCAAGAAAUAUCAAUGCUAUUUACACGAACAUGACUUUCACUAAAGGCGUGGGAACACCAAAUUACAUGUCGCCCGAAGUCCUUGAUAAGAGACACUAUAAAUUCCCUGCCGAUAUUUAUUCAUACGCAGUUUCGAUGUUUGAAAUAGUCAAAUGGGGGCCAGCAUUCCCUAAAGGGAAAUUCAAACACGCGUGGGAUAUCGCAAAUUUCGUGACGAGUGGACAACGCCCGGAAAUCGUCAAAGGAAUGAGAGUCGAUAUAUAUGAAGUCAUUUGUGACUGUUGGAAACAGUAUUCAAGUAAGAGGCUGACCACCGAAAAACUCGUCUUUGAACUGAACAAGAUGUACCAACAAGAGAAACUGAAGUAA